CGAAGACGCCGGCUUCAGCCCGCGGGCGCCCGUUGCUGGGCAACCGGGUCAAACCAUUUUACAAUCCCCACCCGCAAAAACCGCAGAUUGUGCGGCUGGCAACGUUAUCACUGCAGAAAAGAACGAGUGGUUGAAAGAGAAAAAAAUAAUGGUGUAGUUGUUUGCGGAUUGGGGUUGUGGGGGUGUGGCGGGCUGGUGCACCCAGCAUGCCGCGGGGCUGGCGGACCAUGGCGGCGGCUGCUGGAGGAGCGGCGGGUCUGGGUCAGGCUGACAGCGCAGAAAAUUCCACCAUUCUGGUAUAAUCGAGAAUACAACAUGGGUGACAAUGACCCAGAAAAGGAUGAACUUGUGUCUGAGAAUAACAAUGUUGCAUACUAUGAAACAGAAGAUGAUGAAGAGGAGAUGACUAGGGAAGAAAAGAUGGGCUUUUCUGUAAAAAAUGGACUUCUGUCCUCUUCCUCUGGGACUGUUUAUGAUCAGACAACUGUCUUAAUAGAACAAGACCCCAUUGGCUUAGACGAUGAGGAAGAAGAUGAUGAAGAAGGAGGCAACAAUAACAACUUGGUGACUUUUUUAUCAGAGAAUAGCGAGGAUAACUUUUACCUGAUAUCGGAUCCUGAUGGAAUGGCACAGGGUUAUGUGCAUCACACCAUUUCUCCUGAUCAGAUUCAGUUCACCAUAAAUCCUGGAUCCACACCAAUGCCCAGGAAUAUUGAGGGAGCCACACUCACCUUGCAAUCGGAGUGUCCUGAGACCAAGGUUAGAGAGGUCAAACGAUAUCAGUGCACAUUUGAAGGCUGUCCACGUACGUAUAGCACAGCAGGGAAUCUACGGACACAUCAGAAGACUCACAGGGGUGAAUACACUUUUGUUUGCAACCAGCAAGGCUGUGGCAAGGCCUUUCUCACCUCUUACAGCCUCAGAAUUCACGUCAGAGUCCAUACCAAGGAAAAGCCAUUUGAAUGUGACGUACAGGGUUGUGAAAAGGCAUUUAACACACUAUAUAGGCUGAAAGCCCAUCAAAGGCUUCACACGGGGAAAACAUUUAACUGUGAAUCAGAAGGAUGCACUAAGUACUUUACUACACUCAGUGACCUGAGGAAACAUGUCCGAACGCAUACAGGAGAGAAGCCAUUUAGGUGUGAUCAUGAUGGCUGUGGGAAGGCUUUUGCGGUCAGUCACCAUCUCAGAACUCACGUCAGAACACACACAGGUGAGCGACCAUUCUUUUGCCCUAGUAAUCGCUGUGAAAAGACUUUCAGCACACAAUAUAGUCUCAAGAGCCACAUGAAGGCCCACGAUAAAGACCCAGCUAAUGUGUCGAACCAGAAUUCUGUGAAUGAGGAGACAAACCAUUCACUUUGUUUAAGUGAUCUAAGCUUGAUAUCCACGGAUUCAGAACUUCGAGAAAAUUCACAAUUGGUCCAAGGACAUGACCUGAGCACUAUUUCAGCAGGAAGUCUCUUUGAAUCCAUGUUUCACAAUACUGAUAGCUGUGCCAGCCAUGAUGGUUCCCAACAGCCUGGCUUGACAGGGAAACUAAAAAGUGAUGUUCCAACCUUGUCACAGCCAACUAUUGAGAGACUUUCCCAGCAAGCAGCAGACCCCAUCUCCACGCCGUCGGAUACGUUGGCUACCAGUACGCACCAAACGGCAUUUAGGAAUCCCACUGGCAUUUUGUUGACACCUGUGCCUGUCCCACCAGUCAAGCAAUUUUCAACCCAUCAGCAAGAGUUUGUUCAGCCUUCCCCAGCGCCACUACAGCCGAAGCAAAGACUUCCACCUUUGUCCAGUAAUGGACUCCCAUCCUCUUGUAACACAGAAUCAAUGCCGGCUAUGGUACAGACUGUGCCUUUAGCAACCAACGGUGCUAAUAUAACAAUUAAUCCAUCACAGAGCACCACUAUUCUUCAGCCUGGCAUUGUAAUGGCAGACCAGAACUUGCAGUGGAUCAUAAAUGGAGCCAACACUGUUCAACAAAAUUCAGAGAAAAUGUCACAGGGUCCUAAAGUAGAAAAGGUGUUUUUUACCACAGCAAUACCAGUCACUAACAAUACGGGAAGCCCAGUGCAACAGAUCGGGCUGAGUGUUCCUGUCAUAAUCAUCAAGCAAGAGGAGUCGUGUCAGUGCCACUGUGCCUGCCGUGAUCAGAGCAAAGAAAAAAAAGGAAGCAGCAAGGAAAACCCACCGCAGGAAGCGGACUCUUCGCAGGUCCAGUCCGAUCAGGAGCAGAUUCGGCCGCACUCUCAGACUUUUCCUUCCAGCUCCAAGGGAAGCAGUCAGGCAACACAGCCACCCUUGCAGACUGAACUCAUACCGGGUGUGAACAAUAUGGAUUUCACUGCGUUUCUUUCUCUCGACAGUCCGACGACCUCUGCAGAUUUGUCUGGUAUUGAGGCAAGUGACAUUCAGACUCUGCUGAGGAAGGUAGAAGAAGAAAUAGACUUGAGCAGCAAUUUCUCCAAAUGAUUAUGCUCAAUAGAGGCUGAUUUUCUAAUUAUUUUUCAAAAGAAAUCCCAGCUUUUAUUUAUGCAGAAUUUAAGACAAAAAGUGGGACCCUUUUAUGCAGAAGUGCCACUUGCUCUGAGCAUUUUUUUUGUGUGUGAAAAUACUUCCAAAAAUGCUUUGUGCAAGUUGAAAAGAGUAACUUCUCAGAGUUUAUAUUUUCAACAGCCUUGGAACGUUUGUCUGGACUCUAGAUUGCAUCUGGAGUCUCUCAUUUGAAGAAAGGAAGAGAUGUGCUAGGAAUAAAUCCACAGAAAAUAAAUGGCAAAGAAAAAGUGUGCUGAUACAAAGGAAGCCCCUUGGUGUUUGUUCAUUGACUUGUAUGCAAUUUUUUGUGUUUGCCUGAACUGGUUGCAAUAUAGAUGGGCAGACUGCAGGGUUAAGCCCAGUUGGAGUUAGAUCAUAUCACUGGUUCAUGUCUGUGAGCUGAUAUUUCUUCGCCAAGAGAAAAUCCCGAUGGAAAUGGUGAACUAGUAAAAUGAGAGAAAAAUAUGAUUUGAGCUUUUGAUUUCUGUCACGAGGCUUUUUAUAGCCAUUGCACAGCUCACUUGGAGCCCCCUUGUGACCAAAGGCAGAGCUGCAGCAUGAAAGGACUGAGCGAAUCUGCAUCCUCUUUAAUCUAAUCAUAGUCAUGCUAUAGUAAGCCUGUAGCAAAUUGUCAGUCAUCUUGUGAAGUUCAAUUACCCUAAAAUCAAAAAAAAAAAGAGUUUGCAUUAAUGCUUUUGUUAUGGUUUUCGUGAUUACAUUUGGUAAGAUUCAAUGAAUUGUGCUGCAAUGCUAAGUAGCUGGAUCUGAACCAAAGCCUUGAAAGUGUUCAGAUUGUUUCCAUCUAACUUCUGAAGGACCGAGAUGAUCAAAAUUAAACUUGUUACAAUUGAGCAUUGUUUGGCCCGCAAACUUUAUCAUAAAUAAUUUGUAAAGUCACGCUCUGCAAUAAGGAAGGUUGUUUUGUGCUGAUAUCACACUGCAGGGGUUUGGGUACACUUUCUAUAGCUGUAAGCUUUAUUUCCCACAGUGACAUAUCAGGAGAAGUAAAUAUUUUAUUUUCUCUCUGCACGCUCAAUGCCCUUGCACUUUGGCUUAAUUUAAUAAGGUUUGUUCAAGUAAAAUUGUACCCCCGAGAUAUAUCAGAAACAAGCUUUCUAAACUUGGAAUACAUGCAGGUUACAAUACCAAACAGGAUAUCCAAAUACAUUUCAAGAUGUAUUUUAAUGUGUUCCUAACAAUUAUCAAUUGAGAAUUGGGUGAUUGAUAGUUUGCACAUUUCUCCCAUAAAUGUAAUGUAAAUGGGCAUGCAUGCAUAUUGAAUAACUGUUUCUAAAUAAUGCUGGUCAACUGUGUGAAGUUGCUAGCCAUGCAGAUUCCAUUCGUACAGGCAUGCAGAUGUACAGUAGAGCCCUUUAACAUUACCAGUUGAAUGUGGGAGCUGAAAUCAUAGGAAUGUAAGAAAUAUUUCCAUACUAUGUGAAGGAGCCCUGACUUGAUGCAGAAGCUUACAAGUGCUAUAAAUAGCGUUUAAAAACAUGUAUUUACUUAUUAACUGCAAUCAAUUUGGGAUCCCCGCCUUCUCUUUCCAUUUGCCACAUUACAUUCUAAGAUUCAAAACUUCUGGGCAAACAAAACUGAAGAGGAUAAAAGAUGAAAUGAAUCAUUUCGCUGCUACCACAACCUCAAAUUUUAAAAUAUCGCCAUCAAUACACAUUUUAAAUCGCGUCUCCUCAUCUGUGUGAGUUAAAGCAUUUGGCUAAUGAAGUUGCUCCAUGGCAGAUCUGUACAAAGCAACUUGUUUUUCUUUCAAAUCUUGUAUUCAAACUGUAAGAAAAAGUGUAAAUUGAACUCUGGUCCAGUAAGUUAAUUUUGAUUAUGUUAAGUUAAUUAAAGUUAACUUUAUUUUUUUUUAACUCUGAUGGCAGAGAUCUUUAAGCCCAGGUCAAUUAGUCCAAAUAUCUCUCCUGUAACUUCUAGCUGAUGGUUGGAUAACAUUAACUAGUUUUAAGUGUGUGAGUCAGAAAACUCUGCCUACAGUUAUGCAAAUAAUGCAGUUAACAUCUGAUGUUGGGCAUGCAAAGAUUGUGUGCAGUUGGGGUACUUUUCUAAUAACUGCUUGCCACCUGUAGGCCAGAAGGUGAUUUAAAUGAAUCUGCCUGUCCUACAUGCCACCUGUGAAUGUUUGGUUCUGACACUUGAUGCAAAAGUUUUUAAUGUGUUCAUUGUGAUCCAAGAGAGGAAAACUAAAUGGUGUUAUAAUGCAGCAUAUUAAAGGGUAAGAAGCCAUGAAUGUUAAGCAUUACUAAAGUGGAAUCGGUCAGCGUUCAAAGUCAAUGAGCCCUUGGGAUCAGACGCCCCCAAAAUUAACAUUAAAAUUCAGAUUAAGUCACAAUAGAGAUGUCACAAUUAUUUAAAAAAAAAUUAAUAACCUAAAAUAUAAGAAUGUAACUUAUAACAUUUAAAAUGUGUUUAUUUUCGAUGCUGUCAUCAAAUGUUCCAGAAAUCAUUUGCAAAAUAAGUGAAUAUCUCUUGAAAAUGAUUCUAACAGAAAAUAUAAACGUACACUUCAAGACUUCCCUUAGCAUAUACUUAAAAUUCAUCCCUUUAUCAUGUUUGAAAGGUAGCAAUGGGCUUGAGUCUAAUACAUGUUAUAAUGGCUAUUAAUAAAGAACAACUGGGGAAAGUUGAGAACUUAAGUUGGAUGGGUGCAGGUUCAAAAAGUUCAAAUCAAUUAUCUUGCAGCCACAAACUAUUCUGCUGUGGGGUAAAUGUUAAACAUUAGAGGAUGAGUUCUGUAACAUAAAGUAUUGGCAUCAGAGGCAUUCUUGUAUCAGCACCAAUGCUUUCUCUUCCAUGGCAAAUGUUGGCCGUGUUGUAAUUUAUAGCUUUUGUACAGCUCUAUUGAUUGGAUCAGGCAUUUUCUAGCAGCUUUAUUGGUUAUUUAGUUUCAAGGUAUAGAUGGUAUCACUAAACUAACACAGCUUCUGAAUCAUUUCAGUGGCUCCAUAAAAAUUACAGUCUGCUUCAACUUAUAUUUGUGCUCUACAAAUAUUGACCUGUCCAAUAAGUUAAAUUUAAAAAAUAAUAAGAAUUAAGUGAAAUUCAGUAUAUAAUUUGGAAAAGAGAUUUAAACCAAUUGCCUAAAAUUAUUUCUUGGUAAGUUUGUGCAAUAGCAGCAAUUUUCUUUUUGGUGUUACUGAGCUGGAAGGUGCAAUUAAAAUGCAAUUAAAUGAUUGUUUGUAUUCAGAGUUUAUUCUGGUGUCAUUUAUAAAUACAAAUAUCAAAAUAUAUUUUGAUGGAGUAUUGAUUUAGUGUAAUUAGCACUGGGAAAUGUAAAGCCAUACUAAUAGAUUUGCUUUUUAUUUGAGCUAGUUGUAGAGAAUAUUUGCAGUGCAUUUGCUGUAAUUUAUCAACAUUCAGAUUUGGUCUAGGCAACUGGAAUAAAAUGUCUUUGAAUUCCUUA